UGCUCGUCGCUGUUGCGGUAAUGAAAUAUCGGCUUUCAGCCUUUUUAAAUUUUGCUUCAUGUCACCGUUAAAAGCGCCAAACGGUGCAAUUGAAUGUAAUUAACAACGAUUAAUGUCUUAGAGUUAUGACAAUUAUUUAUCGGAUUCAUCAUAAAUAAGUGUGCUGAACAUCUGAUAUUUCACCCGUAAAUAAUACUCGAAGUCAUACAUUUUAAUUGCUUACGGUUCUAUUCAAGUUAUUCCUUCAACAUGGACGGGGAUAUCGAAAAAAUUCUCGGGCUUCUUCUGGAUGCAGGACUUCCUGCAACAAUCACUGAUGUGAGGAAUCCUACUGCUGAAUUUAUACAUAACUUAUUUAUUGCAUUUCUUUUGAAACAUGGAUAUGAUGCCAAUACGAUAUUAAAGCCUACAAUAAAACAAUUCGAAGCUUCAGUCAAUCCAGAUUCAUCAUAUUAUCAAAUAAUCAGUUUUGUGAACUUGUAUGUAUCAAUGAAUGAGAUAUGUCAGAAGAUAUUUAUAACAGAUUUCUGCCUCACCGAUAUUACAAGCCCAGGACCAAAAAGAGCACGUAGACAGGCAAAGUUUCUUUCAAACUUUAUCCUGUACAAGAAUAAAAAAGUGAUUGAAAUAGAAGAUGAAAUGAAAAAGCCAUUUAAUACCUAUAAGAUGUACAGUGAUUUUAUGAAAAAUGAAGAACAAAAUUAUGAAAAAAUCAUGCAAAAGGAACAUGAAAUUCAAGAACUACUGAAAAAGAAGGAAAAGCGUCAGAAAUUAAUUGAAAAGAUACGUCAACAAUUUAAAGUAAACACUGAUAAAAACAAUGAAAUAGAAGAAUUACAGAAGAUAAAAGAACAGAGCAGACUAAAAACCAAAGAAGUGCUCGAGUCUUUGACAGAGAAAGCUAGACAGGGUAAAAAAAAGGUUGAAGAAUACCAGGCAAAGAUUAUAGUUUCACCUGAAGAAUACCAAGCUCGACUGGAAGAUUUAAAGCAGGAACAGAAAUGCAUGGAAGAGUCGAGAACAUCUAUGUUUGAGACCAUUGGACAUAAAAAGCAACAGAUCACAGAGUUAGAAAAGAGACAUAACAUUAUUCAACAGGAAUAUGAGAAGUUAGGAGAAUUAAAGGCAAUUCGACAGAACUGGAUAGAAGUACAGAAAACAUUGAAAGAAACAAACAUAUUGACAGAAGAAUUAAUAUCUACAAAUCAAAAAUUGGACCAUACUAAUUCAUUGCGAAAACGUGAGUGCCAGGACUAUACUGAUAAAAAAGAUAAACUGAAUGCACAAUGCAAGGAAAAAUUAUCUCCUUUGCAUAAAAUGUACCUACACCGCUCAAAUGAGAAGAAAUCAGCUACACUAUCACUGGAGGAAACCCGUGCUCAUCUGCAUAAGAUGCACAAAGAAAAAGUUGAAAUAUGUGAAACCAUAAAAAAUAUUACAUGCGAUAUUUCUCGCUUUUUAAAAAUGUGCCAAGAAGCUUACAAUGAGGAAAUCAGGCUGGAGCAAAAAACUGAAGCCCCAUGGUCACAAUUUCCAAACUGAUUUCACAAGAAAGAGCUUGUACCACCAUAAGAAAUUACUCUAAAGAAAAUGUAAUGAGGCAUCAACUAAUAUUCUGCAUAACAAAAAAUUGGGUAAGGGUACAUGAUAAUGUCUUGCCAGUGGAGAAAUCAUAAAUAUAGGUCAUGGCUUCUGUUUCCCAUGUAGUUUGUUUUUCUUUUUCACAGGCAAUUUCAGUGAAUUUCCCACAAUUGGGCAACAGUUGUUUUAGAAUAAUUUAUUGCUUAAUGUUGUGUUAACAGUAGUUUUUUACAUUCUCUUUACAAUAUAUAUAUAUUUUUAAUAACAUUAUGUAUACAUAUUA